AUAUACUGUAAGUGUCACACGUUUCAUUAUAAUUAUUCAAGAUGAUUACUUUUACAGCAACGAUCGUUGUUUUUUCUUUACUUUAUAAUAAUGUAUAUACACAAACUGGAUCACCCCCUAGUGAUGGUUCUAACCCGCAUCAAAACCAUCCAGAGAUAAACAAAGUUCGCAAUGAGCAUUAUGAAAUCAGUGUAAUGAAAGACUUAGUCCCAACAGAUAUAUGGAGUAUAGAAGUGAAAGAUAGACCGAACACUGAUCCUGUUAAAAAUAUAUCAAUAGCCAUAGACAGGUGGACACAUAUGGCAAAAGCCCCUGGAUCUACAACUUUUGAAGGCAACGGUUAUCAAGGGUUAAAGAUCAAACAUUUCAUCAAUGGUAACUUCUUGCAUGAAUUUAACCUGGCGAUAUGCAGUAACAACCUCCCAUUGGCCAUAGUUCAUUAUACAAUGCCGGCAGACAGACAAAACCAAAGUCAACUUAAAGCGGAUUUUAAAAAAGCAGUGGACAAUAAAUGCCGAAAAUCUCCUUAGACAGUGAAAAAAACUUGAAAUUUAAAUAUGAAAUGGAAGGAUAGUGUUCUUAAAAUUUGACAAACUUUGUGAUACAAAUUCAAGAGGAACACCAGCCAGUUAUUCAGUUGAUAUUUUAAAACAUGAAGAUAUGUUUAAGAAUCCGACAUGUUUUGACAGCAAUUGUCAAAUACUGGCAAUAUUUAAUAAAAUUUAAUUUAUUAAAAUUAAUUUUCUAAAAAGUUACUGAAAUAAGUUUCUAUAUAUUUUUACAGUAAUUAUGUAUAAAAAAUUUGUCAAGCGAUGUUCAGAUAAAACAGUAUUUCAAAGUGAUUUGAAAGACCCUGGAUGAAAGGAGUUCCGUUCACUGAGGUCUAAGAAAAAAGUAAAUACAUUUUGUAAUUGAAAAAAAUAAAGACAAAAAAGACAAAAACCGAAAAACAGUACAAAUGUAGAAUGUAGAAUUUAUUACUAUGGAAAAACAGAAAAACAGUACAAAUGUAGAAUGUAGAAUUUAUUACUAUGGAAAAACAGAGUAAGCGAAUGGUCUGAAAUUUGCCUCACAUACUAUUGGUAUAACCUCACAUCAAGUGGUAUAUAACAAUAUCGACGAUAGAAUAUUUCCAGUCCCGUCAUGGAAAAAACUUAAGUCGAGAACCUUUAAUAAAAAAAAAUGAUAUAAAAACAGAAUAAUAUGUUUUAUUCACCAUAAUAUGUUUCCGUUGUUUUAAUUUUGAUUAAAUGAACAUAUCAUAAUGUCAACUGUUCAAAUAAAGUAGGAAGCU